GCGGCGACGGCCGACGAGACCUUCGCCGUCUUCGCGACGUUCCAGCCGCUCCUGGACCGCCCCGCGGUGCGCCGCGCGGCGCAGCGGCACCAGGCGGAGCUCGUCGACACGGUCAAGCGCGACGUCGACGGCCUCAAGGACGCGUGCACGAAGCGCUACGAGGGCUCGAACGCGGCCGUCGUCGCGUCGUUGCGGGACCUGCCGCCGCUGGGCGGCAAGAUCCUCUGGGCGCGGCAGAUGGAGCGGCGGCUCCACGCGCAGAUGGCGCGGCUCAGCGACGUCCUCGGCGGCGACCGGGCCAUGGAGCGCCACCCGCGGGGCCGCGCGCUGCGCACGGUCGCCGACGAGCUGUUGCGCCACCUCGACGCGACGCCGCUCUUCGAGGAGUGGCUCGGCACGUGGAAGCGCGCGACGGCCGCGUCCGCGCGCGCCGAGUCCGAGCUCCGGGGCCAGCUCCUGCUCCACGUCGACGUCGUCGGCGACGCCAGGGCCUUGGUGGUGAACUUCGACGAGGACCGCGUCGAGCUCUUCAAGGAGGUCAAGCACCUCCGGUGGCUCGGCUUCAAGGUGCCCGAGACGAUCGCGCUUUUAGCCGACGAGGCCCGGGACCGCUACCCGGCGGCGACGGCGCUGCGGGCCGCCGUGCGCGGCUAC